CUAACGUACAGCAAGUGUCAAAGUUCUACCUAAAUCCAUUGCACUUAUAACUUCAUCGAUCUAUAUAUCCAGGACCCAGAAAACCCUCAAAACAUUAUACCUUGAACAUCUCCAGCGAAAGUCAUGAUUGAAAAUGGGCAGGAGUUAUACACCAAGCUCUCCACCCUCCAAAAAUCCUCUCGAGGUGGCUGGAAUGCUGCUAUUUUCAUCAUCUUUGUAGAGGCAGCAGAGAGGUUUGCGUAUUAUGGCUUAUCUGGUAACCUCAUCAUAUACCUCACAAAUUAUCUUCACCAGCCCACAGCCAUCGCAGCCAAGAACGUCAACAUAUGGAUCGGUGUGUCGUCCCUCUUUGCUCUUCUUGGCGCCAUUGUAGCCGAUUCUUUCCUGGGUCGGUUCAAGACCAUCAUUCUAUCCACCUCCAUUUAUUUGAUGGGAAUGGUUUUACUAUGCCUAUCCGUCUCCAGUGUUCCUAUUCAUUAUCGUGAAGCAGUGUUCUUUGUUGCGCUUUACAUUUUGUCAGUUGGCGAAGGUGGGCACAAGCCUUGCGUCCAAACAUUUGCUGCAGAUCAGUUUGAUGAGGACACCCCCAAUCAGAAAAGGACAAAGAGCUCAUUCUUCAACUGGUGGUUCUUGGUGAUAGUAAUGGCAGGCACUAGUUCAACACUUGUGGUCAUCUACAUUCAGGAUAAUGUCGGCUGGGUGAUAGGCUUUGGUAUGUUGACUGUGGUACAGGCAGUGGGCCUGUUUCUAUUUUUACUAGGAAUCAAGAGAUAUAGGAAGGAAGGGCCGCUUGGAAGCGCCUUUACCACCGUGGCGCAAGUUUUCAUGGCGGCAGCAAGGAAGUGGCGUGUGGAUGAGACGCUUCAUUCUGAUAUUUUCUACGAGGAUGAGAGGAGUGGAUCUCAUAUGGGAGUUCAGCCUAAGCAGAAAACUUUAGCUCGAACUAACCAAUUCAGAUUUUUGGACAAGGCAAUGAUUAUUGACAACCUUGAUGCAUCAAAGAACAUCAGAAACCCUUGGAGGCUAUGCUCUCUAAAUCAAGUGGAAGAAGUGAAGCUGGUUUUCCGUCUUAUUCCCAUAUGGUUCUGUUGCCUAAUGUUCUUUGCAGUUCAAUCGCAACUCCAUACCUACUUCACGAAACAAGGCUCCAUGAUGAUCAGAUCCAUCGGAUCCCACUUUUGCCUUCCCCCCGCAUCACUCCAAGCCCUAGUCGGCAUCAUGAUCAUUAUCACCGUCCCAAUCUAUGACCGGAUUAUUGUCCCAAAAGUACGAGAGUUCACAGGACAUCCAGCGGGCAUAAUGGUGCUUCAACGAAUUGGGGUUGGCCUAUUCUUGUCCGUAGUCAACAUGGUUGUGGCAGCUCUAGUGGAAGCCAAAAGGGUUAGUAUUGCAAGAGAACAUGACCUCAUGGAUGACCCUGAGGCAAUAGUACCAAUGAGAGUAUGGUGGUUGCUCCCACAAUACAUACUAACUGGUAUGUCAGACGCAUUCACGGUUGUAGGACUCCAGGAAUUGUUCUAUGAUCAAAUGCCAGAUGCAAUGAGGAGCUUGGGAGCUGCUGCGUACAUUAGCAUUCUUGGAGUUGGAAGCUUUGUUAGCAGUUUCAUCAUAUCUUUGGUGGAAACUAUUAGCAGAAACUCUGGUGAGCCGUGGUUAGGUAACAAUAUCAACCGAGCACACCUUGAUGACUUCUACUGGGUACUUGCAGGACUAAGCGCUCUUUUUGGUGUUUAUGUGUGGGUUGCAACAUGUUUUGUGUACAAGAAAGUUGUUGGGGAAGAAACAAGUGGGGUGGACUGAGACUUGAAAUCAGAUCAUGAUCACAUGGUCAGCGAAACAAUCGAAACUUAUGCAAACUAUCAUUGAUGGUGAUGUGUACUAGUAGUGAGACUCUCUUGCUUAGUUUGAGUGCACACAGAACUGUAAGAUCUUGUCCACUAAUUAAACGUCGUUGAGAUAUUUUAAGUUUAUUGGGACUCUAAUUAGAAAAC